AUGGUGGAAUACUGCAACCUCAUUCAACAGCGAUUUAGUAUUGGUGUAGACGAUGCAUUUAUAUUGAUAGCUGCGUGGAGAAGAACUGACGUUAACGCUUCCGUACCCGACAGAAUGAAAGACUCUUAUGCCGAAGCUGCAGUGUCCAUCACCAUAACGUCUCUGACGAAUUUUUUUGCCUUUUGCAUGGGAUUUGUAACACCAUACAAAAUGAUUCAUAUAUUCAGUGCUCAUCAAGUGCAAAUAGUCAUUAACCAGAAAUUAGACUACUCAAAUCUCACCGUACAAAAUGACAUAGAAGAUCUUCUGCAAAGUUACGAGUCUGCUCCAUUUAUAUCCGAUUCGUCGACCACAGAAAGUUGGCUGAGAGAAUUUCUAGCAUUUACUAAAUCUCCAGUUGCGAAGUUUUCGCUUUCUGGUUACAAUCUGAGUGAUUCUGAAGACUUUCUGAGUGCAUUUAAAGACGUUUUCUUGAAAGCAAAAGUAGCGAACAGAUUCAUCGUGUCCAGUUUCGAUGGAGAAUCUCGAAUUGACGAAAAGUUUUUCUUUGAAAAUGUUGGCUUGAUUGGAUACAUGUCAUUAUGGAACGUAACUGUCAAUACUACUGCAUUAAUGAUAUUAGUGAUGAGCACGGGGUUUUGUGUAGAUUACACAGUUCAUAUGGCUUACGCAUUUAUCAAUUGCGGAAAUAAAACACCGAACGAGAAAAUCAAGAGUUGUUUAUACGUUGCUGGAUAUCCAGUAACACAAGCAUGUAUAUCAACAAUGUUAAGUGUUUCAGUGUUAUCAUUUGGUCCAUCAGAAUCGUUCGUUGCUAUUUUUAAAAUUGUUACAUUAAUGGUUAUAUUCGCUUCGUUUCAUAGUCUUGUUAUAUUGCCAGUAAUACUGAGUCUUUUGGAUUUUAUCCCUUCUUGUUUAAAAAGUUCUACACGUAAGAUUGAAUACACAGGAAAUGCGCUAAUUGAAAUGGAAGGUUUAAAUCAUAAGAAUAAUUCAUUCAUUAAAUAA